AUGGAUUCAACGAGUCCCAGCUUUCAAGUUAUGGAUAGUCAAUUCGAUUCGGAGAGUUCAUGGAUAACUGUCAUGUGUCAAGCGUCGCGAUUUCAGAUUACUGUAUCGCUUAAAGAUCUUCGCGGAAUCUGCUUUGAGCUAGAGUACUCCGAACUGGUUGCCAAAGUCGACCAAAUGGACGGUGGAGCUGACGACGACUAUGAUGCAUUGUGUAGCUGGAUUGUGGAACCAUGCUUUUCUUACUUUCGAGAAUGCACAUCGCAUAUACCCAAGGAUCUCACUUUCGAAGCGUUCUACUAUCCACCAACCUAUCAUCUGAAGAUUAUCGUUUCAGGGUCUUCCCUUUACGCCAAGGCUACUCGAGAUCGUCACACUAUCAAUCCUUUCGCUCUGAUGAUCCCGUCGCGAGAUCUUCCACAAUAUCCAAAGGUUUGUCGCUCAAGGGCAUCAGAUAUCCAAAUUGUCCCUGCGAUUACCGGCACCUAUGACUAUAUGUCUGAAACCCCUCACGUUAAGAUGGCGAUCGGCCUUCUAUUUGAUUUUAUACCCUCAAUCGGUGAAUCUUUGCAAAGUCGCCAGUGCAAGAUGGCUUCAGAACAUCAUGCAAAGUGGAGACGGCAAGUCACGGCUAUUGUCAAGGAGCUACAUUCCCAUGAUAUUGUGUGGGGCAAUGUUCAUCCUGGGAAUAUCGUUAUCGAUAUGAAUUUCGAUGCUUGGGUUGUGGAUUUCGGCGAUGGGUGGAUUGAGGACUUUGUUGAUCGCAAGAAAGCAGGUAUAAAGGAAGGAGAUUGGCAAGUGGUCCAAAGAAUCUUCGAAAAUUGGAUUACUCGAUAG